AUGGCACUUUAAUCAUGUUUCAUCUCGACAUCCAAAGAAACUAUUAGCGCAAUUUGGUUAAUCACCAUUUAUGGUUCCAGUUGUCCCCCGUGUGAUAAACCUAUAGCCAAAAGUGUGGGAAUAUGGGUACAGUCAUCCAAAACCCUCUGGAGAACCACAGGCUGCCUACCCUUGGAAAGGAAAUUUAAAAUAGGACCAAAUCCAUUUGGAUGCAAUCCAUAGCGGCAAGUGUUCUUUGUUAUAGACAUGAAACGGAAUACUUCACAGCUCUCAUUUCCUAUUUAACCUUCUCUGUCAGAGUGCUCUGGUGCCACAACAAAUUAUAAAUCCUAGGACUCCAUAGGACAGAGCCAUGACAGUGAAAGCAGUGUCAAGCUGUCGUAAUUCUGCAGUGUGGUAGCAGCCUUAAUUUUGACAUGGGGGGGAAAAUGAGAUCUAGUUCUCUUAAUCCCAUUAAUAUGACCUCUUUAUAAGAAGUUGCACAGAGUGGGCCUGGCCCUAAACAAAGAACAAGCAAUCAGAGCAGUGGAGACAGUGGGACCCCAUUUUGGCCUAAACAUUUGUGUUCUAGCCCAUUGAAGGCUACAGUGAUUCCCCCAUGAAAUCUCAAGGACUGAAGAAAGGAGCUGCUUCUUUAAAAAGUAAAGUUUUCUAGAUUAAGGGCGGUUCUCAAAGGUACCUUCAGGAUAAAAAGAAGGUUUGAAGAGGUGGAAUCUGUUACUGCUCUAGAAGAUGGCAGCAGCUAUGAUGGUAAGCACACACGAAGACCAGCAGAAGCACAAGGCCAGAAAAGGAGAGGUGGUUGUGGAACACAUCAGCAAGCACCCCCUGCAGAACAGGUGGGCUCUAUGGUUCUUCAAAAAUGACAAGAGCAAAACAUGGCAGGACAACUUGCGUCUUGUCACCAAGUUUGACACUGUAGAAGACUUUUGGGCGCUGUACAGCCAUAUCCAGUUGGCCAGCAAAUUGACAUCUGGCUGUGACUACUCCCUUUUCAAGGAUGGCAUUGAACCGAUGUGGGAAGAUAACUGGAAUAAGCAUGGUGGUCGUUGGCUCAUCACACUGGCCAAGCAGCAACGGCAUACAGAACUUGACCGAUUCUGGUUGGAGACUCUGCUGUGCCUGAUUGGAGAAAUGUUCAGUGACUAUAGUGACGAUGUCUGUGGAGCAGUCAUCAACAUACGUGCCAAAGGGGACAAAAUUGCUAUCUGGACCCGGGAGGCAGAGAACCGGGAUGGAGUCAUUCAUAUUGGGCGUAUAUACAAGGAGCGCCUGGGCUUAUCUUCAAAAGUGGUGAUUGGUUAUCAGGCCCAUGCUGACACAGCUACCAAGAGUGGUUCUCUCAUGAAGAACAAGUUUGUAGUGUGAAGUAGCCAGCAUGGAGCUUUACCAUUCGCAAGAUCUCUUGGGGUACCAGAUGUCUGGAGAUGGUUAUAAUCGAAAUAUUCUUUAUAUCUGCUGUCAGUAUUAAAG